UGUGAUCCCUACCGGUGCCUAACCUUUUCUAUGUACUGCUAUCUGAUUGCCUUUGCAUAAAGCUGAUCUACGUUCGUUCGAUUAUUUACUAGGGCGCCCAGAUCCUUAUCGGCCCAGCCAACGACCCCAUGGAGCCAUCCCUAUCCCCAAUCAGAUCGCUCAGAGGACACACUCAUUGGAUAGCGAAAGUGGUGUUCUCAAAACACAGGAAUAACCUCAAAGUUAUAAGCACAUCCUACGACAAGACUGUUCGAAUUUGGGAUGUGGAAACAGGGAACGAGGAAAACUCGUUAGAUGGGCAUGCUAGUAGGACUAAUGGACUGGCUGUAUCAACGGAUGGGGGCAGAAUUGUGAGUGGGGGGCAAGAUGGCAAGAUCAUCAUAUGGGACGGAGAUACGAAGGAGAUCAUCAGAUGUCUGUCGCAUUGUGACGCGGAAGACCGGGUCAUUUGCAUAGGGUUCUCACCGGACGAGAAAAGACUCGCCUCCGCAUCAGAUGACGGUACGCUAAGGAUCUGGGACCCGGAUACAGGAGAACUUGUGCUCGACCUUGAUGAUCACCAAGGUAGACUAUGGACAAUGGCUUAUUCACCCAAUGGAACCAAGAUUGCAAGUGGGUCGGAUGAUUGCACGGUUCGCAUUUGGAAUAUAACGACCGGCAAGUGGCAAAGUCGGCCACUCAUCCACGACAAGCCAGUGUUUUCGAUAGUCUGGUCUCUAGACAGUCGUUGUCUCAUUUCUGCCUGUAGUGAUGGCCAGAUCUACUUUUGGAAUACAUCUACUGGUGUCCAGCUCGGAUCUCCACUGCGUGCACAUUUCGACUACAUCAACUUGUUGGCCAUCUCCCCUGACGGUGAGCUGAUAGCUAGUGCAUCUUCGGAUCACACUGCACGACUGUGGAGCACCUCCACACGCAAACCUUUUGGCCGUGUGCUCCAGCAUGCCGAGGAAGUAAACGCAGUAGCCUUCUCGCCAGAUGGUCAGCUUAUCGCUACAGGUGGUGAUGAAAACAUAAUAUUUCUGUGGGAUAUAUCGCAGGAGACCAUCAUUAUGACGAAUGUCGUGGCGCCCUCGUUCGUUUCCCCAACAUUCAACAUCACGAACUACAUCGACCAGGUGUCAACGAGCUCCGAUUCUACACUAGUAGCAGAAGAGGUACCGAAUGGAGCUGAGUUGCCGUCAGAAACUGUGGGCUCGCGUAAUGCUGCUACCUCACCCUCUUCAUCUCUACCCCCUCAAGGUCAUCAUAUCACUUCUGCAGUCCGCACCUCUCCUCCCAUCGAGCUUCCGGAUGGAAUCCAAGUUCCUCCAGAAACUAUCAACUCGCGUGAUGCAGUAUCAUCCCCUUCCCCAUCCUUUCACCCUCAAGGGUCCUCCCAACCUCAAAUACCUCUUACUUCAGCUUCCACCCCGGUUCUAGCCUCACGUCCAAUGCCGUUUUGGAAGCGUUUUCCUACGUUCAACAGGUCUGCGGCGUCUGUAGACUCCCAGCGGUGGAGAUUUCCGCGUAUUGGUAACAUCAUGCAGCGCAAGCAUCGGGAUGCGGGACCUGAUGAUCCCCAGAACUAGUAGGCUUAUUGUUCAUGUCCUCACUUAUAGUUGUCACCCCUCGCUGUAUCGUAUCGUCGAUUCCUACCCAGUUGAAUUAGCACAAUCACUGCUACUGGCCAUCUGUUCACGAUUACGGAUCAGGUAUAGCAUUUAAUGCAAGUUCCUCAGUGUUUUACUUCGAACGUCCAGCGUGGCAGAGCGAUCCAAGUUAAUGUAAAGCACAUAACUACUCCAGGUACACAGUAUGGACG